AUGGGUGGCCAGAUGCCGGACGCCGACGAGAAGGCCCGCUCGGCGGACUCCUCCUCGUCCUCUUACGGGUACCCGCCGUCGGCGCCGCCGCAGCACCAGCACCAGUACGGCACCUUCGGGCCCCCGUCCGGGGCCUCUGGGGAGUUUCCGCAGCCGGCGGUCGGGUUCCCCCAGCCGGCGCCGCCGCCCGGGAUGCAGCACUACCCGCAGCCGCCGCCGGCGUCGUAUGCGGUCUACCCGCCCCCGCAGCAACCCUACUCGGCCGCUGCGCCGUACUACGCCCAAGGCUACCAGGUCGCGCAAGGUUAUAUUCCUGUUGUUGAAGGAAGGCCUGUUAGAAUGCGUCCUCUUCCAUGUUGUGGCCUUGGCAUGGGGUGGUUUCUGUUUAUACUUGGGUUCUUCUUUGCUGCCAUUCCAUGGUAUAUUGGAGCUUUUGUGCUGAUUUGUGUCCGAGUACGUGAUUACAGGGAGAAACCAGGAUAUGUUGCUUGCACUAUUGCUGCUUUGGUUGCUGCAAUUGCUGUGCUGCUUGGCGCCACAAAAGGAGCGGAGGUGUGGUGA